AUGCCCUCUGUGCGGCAAUUUCUCAACCCGAUUGAUCCUUUACACCAUGAACGAUGUAUCCCUUCCUCACCUGAUGGUGUAUGUCCGGGGUAUAUCGACUUCACCAAGCGGGACUUUGCGAAAACAGAGCUGUCCUUGGCGAAACAGGCGUCAAACCCGGAAAGCCGGGCGAAAGGCUUCAAGAACGCAGCCAAGCUGAUGAUAUGCGACCGCCAUAAGGAUACCUUAAGAGAGGCUCGAAGGGUUGCGCAUCAGUGGGAAGAGGAAGCAGCACAGAAUUCCAACGCUACCAUGCAUCCGUCGCCAGCAAGCAACUCUCGUCAUACGAUCAGUCUCUAUGAGGACCAAUAUUUAUCGGCUCUAUGA